ACAAGAUUAAGAUAAUAGAAUGGCCGUGAACUGCUGAUUGAUACCAGAGACAGUUAAAGAAAUCGAUGCGUUCGAGGCCUCCAUGGUGUUCACGUGACUGUUGCCCCUGGCGGCUGUGCCAUAACAUCCAGUCGCUGUUGUCGAGUAGUCUGCUCGUCCAUAGUCUGCUGCUUCGAGUUUAACACCACUAUCUAGCAGUAACAACACAAUAAUGGAUUUCAACGUGAAGAGAUUUGCGAGCGGUGCAGGAGUGUUCUUCACGCGAGCUGUCCAGUUCACAGAGGAGAAGUUGGGCCAGGCGGAGAAGACUGAGUUGGAUGCUCACUUCGAGAACCUGAUGAGCCGUGCUGACUGCACCAAACACUGGACUGAGAAAAUUUAUAGACAGACUGAGGUCCUGCUGCAGCCCAAUCCAAUUGAUCACACCGGUGCCAGAAUUGAAGAGUUUCUCUAUGAAAAGUUGGACAGGAAGGCACCAUGCAGAAUUACCAAUGGAGAGCUGCUAGGUCAAUAUAUGCAAGAUGCGGCAAAGGAAUUUGGCCCUGGAACUCCUUAUGGGAGUACCUUGAUGGAGGUUGGGGAUUGUGAGAGAAGAUUAGGAGCAGCAGAGCGGGAGUUCUUCCAGACGUCCGCCAUCAGCUUUCUUACCCCCCUCAGGAACUUUCUGGAAGGAGACUGGAGGACCAUUUCAAAAGAACGGCGCCUUCUGGAGAAUCUUCGCUUGGACCUGGAUGCCUGUAAAACACGUGUGAAGAAGGCCAAGGUGGCUGAGGCUAAGGCUGCGUGCGAUGGUGAAACGGCUCCAGAUUUUCAGGAGACCAGACCCCGCAACUAUGUGCUUUCUGCCAGUGCCUCUGCGCUCUGGAGUGAGGAAGUGGAAAAAGCUGAACACGAGCUCCGAGUGGCCCAAACAGAGUUUGACCGCCAAGCAGAGGUUACACGACUGCUUUUAGAGGGCAUCAGUAGUACACAUGUAAACCACUUGCGCUGCCUGCAUGAGUUUGUGGAGGCCCAAGCAGCUUACUAUAAGCAGUGUCAUUUCCACAUGCAAGAACUCCAGAAAGAGCUGGCCAGGCUCCCCAAUGCAUUUGCGCUGAACUCCACUAACUCCAUAGCUACAGCGGGUUCUGCAUCAGAGAGCAUCAGCAGCCCUGUGGAGACAGACACGCUGAAGAUUGAGGAAGUUCAGGCACCAGCGACAGGAACUCGCAAGGCUAAAGUCCUUUAUGAUUAUGAUGCUGCUGACUCCAGUGAGCUCUCCCUUUUAGCUGAUGAGCUCAUUACAGUUUACACAGUGCCGGGAAUGGACUCUGACUGGCUGAUUGGAGAGAGGGGAAACCAGAAAGGGAAAGUGCCUGUCACAUACCUGGAGCUUCUCAGCUAAAGAACACACACGCAUCGACACACACACACACACACACACACACACACACACACACACACGCAUGUGCAUGUGUGAGUACUACUGAAGCCAUCAGGAUAUUUCAUUCACUUCCUUAAAUUUCACACUCCUACACUAACCUGUAACCUUGAAUAGCACUUCUCCACAGUAAGCUUUAGCAAAAGUAAACACACACACACACACACACAC